AUGGCUUCUGCAUCAGCCCAGUCGCCCAAGUCAGUUCACGACUUCACCGUGAAGGUACCUCGAAGAUAGGCUUUACGUGGUCUUAAGUAUGGUUUUGGGCCUUAGUGUCCCUUUUUCUUCUCGAUGGAUUUGGUAUUUAAGAGUUUUUCGGAAGAUUUUUUAUCGCCCCUCGGCUUAUGCGACGUUUUGUUUGCUGAAAGAUAGAGGUCCGUUCCGUCCUUGUUCGUUUGUCAUGGGAAUCAGGAGAGUCGGAAUGAUUUUCCGUUCCAUCAAUAUGGGUGUGGAUUUGAGGGAUUUACCGGGCGAUCAUCAUGAUAUAUUCUGGAGUUUUGGAAGAAAUAAUUAUAUAUCUGCCAGCCCGUUUUGUCUAAAGGGAUAAGGAGAGGACUUGUGAGAAUCGGAUGGAUCUUUAUGAUCAAUGCAUCGCUGAGAGCAGACUGACUAUAUGUUGUAUUUAUAAUGUAUUUCGAGAUAACGAUGAGAAUUCUAAGAUUUGGAGGUAAUGAUAUAUUAAUAAAAUCUUUGCAGAAUAUUUUUGAUUAUGAGUUUGAUAUCCUUCCAUCUUGUAGCUUCUGGAUUUAAGGGAUAUAGAUCUUUCUUAAGAAACAGGUUUUAAAAUACUUUCCUGGUUUAGUUUUUGGAGAUAUAAAAUUGUAAACUUAAGAUGUUAAUUUUAAACAAAGAUAAUUAUAUAUGUUUUUAAUCACUCAAAAGAUUAUGCAUGAUAAGUCUUGGAUUUAUGUACUGCAUAUUUAAAUUUGAAAGAUCAAAAAAGACUGACCAAGGAAGAUAAAGAAAUGGGUGGCGUUGUGUGGUCACGAAAAUGAAUUUGUGAAGACUGCAUACUUAGAUUGUAACACAAAAUCAAAGUUGAUGCAUCCUUAAUUAUGUGAAAUCGACAGUCACGUCCAUGAUACAUCAUCCAUAAUUUUUUUCGAUCAUCCUGUCCUAAAGUAUGAAUUAUUUCUCAAAAUAAAAUUAUGGAAUUUAAUUGGGAAAAGGCCAUGGCCGUCUUGCUCAUUUAGGGAUUAAUGCUUCACAUAUAGACCUUCUUGGUUGAAAUUUCCGUGCUCAUUUGUGAGGAUAGAAAUGUGUGCCUGCAUAUGUAUGCUUAUAUGUGACUGGUUUGUAUGACUGUGUCCGUAUUUGUUCAUGUUCAGAAGUGCAUGUGAAUAUAUAUGAUUUGUUGUUAAAGAUAUGCAUAUGUAUAUGCAGAUACAUAUCUCAUCUGUGUGUGUAGUAUCAUUCACGUCAUUUCCUGCCUUGUACAUCUUGGUCUUUAUCUUUAGGACUCAGAGCUUUAGUUGAAGGUGUGCUUUUAUUCUAUAUAUAUUCUGGGUUCAUUUGUGGGAGCAGCCUGGUUUUCUUUGAUAUAAUUUACGUUUGGCUCUGAAAUCUUAAUUCAAAGAAAGAAGCAUUUUAUGGAAAUCGACGGAAUUAAUAACCAUAUUAUUUUUUUCGUCGUAAAUUCCUUAUACGAGGUCUCAAUGGAUUAUCUGUUUGCCUUGUGAAUAAGGAAAUUAAUUAGCUCUCAUACAGGACGCCAGGGGCAAUGAUGUCAACCUCGGCAGCUACAAAGGGAAGGCACUUCUGAUCGUCAAUGUUGCAUCACAAUGGUAUCUUCUCGGUCUGUUCUUUCUGUUUUUCAAAAUCUUAUUGGAGAGCGUAGAGUAAGGCAUUAGUUCAUGACUGCGGUUGACCCAGGAAGUAUUUCAUUUACUUCUACCGUUUCACUUAUGGGUAUCGCCUUUGACUUUUUUUGUUUAAUGAUUCCGCAGUGGAUUGACCAACUCAAACUACACAGAGCUGAGCCAGCUUUACGAGAAGUACAAGAGCAAAGGUGUCAUGGCGUCUAACAUCACUGAUUUAAUCAUCGCCUAUCUAUUACUUGAUACAAUAAACCCUGAACUAGCUUUAAUGUUAAACUUGAUGCUGUUUUUGUUGAAGAACAGAGGCUUUGCAUUUCUUAAUUUUAUUUAUUAUGCAAUAUUAAGAACAUAAUUUUAAUCAACAUCUAUUGUGACCUAUCAUAGGAAUUGUGGGAUCACUUGUAUGCCGAAUUAAAAAUAAUUAUUUCCUAUAUAAUAUUUUUUCUUAAGAAGCUUAAAGCUUUUUCACGACUAAAUUUUAUUUCCUAUGUAAUAUUUAAUAAUACUACAUGUUCUUCCAUGCAGGCCUUGAGAUCCUGGCUUUCCCAUGCAACCAGUUUGGCGGACAAGAGCCAGGGUCCAAUGAUCAGAUCGUGGAGUUUGCUUGCACCCGAUUCAAAGCCGAGUACCCCAUUUUCGACAAGGUGAGCCGAAAUAUUCCAUUUCAAGGCUGACUGCCCUGGCCCGUUGACCUGAUCCUUGCUCCACUGUAAGCGGUCCACGAGAAGCUCCUAAAAAAAUGGUCAACGACCUGAAGUAGUCCACGGACCGAAGGGCCCUCCUUUGCAUUCUGUCUGAUUCUGCUCGCAUUGAUUAGGUCGACGUGAACGGGCAGAACGCCGCUCCCGUCUACAAGUUCUUGAAGUCCAGUAAAGGGGGGCUCUUUGGGGACAGCAUCAAGUGGAACUUCGCCAAGUUCUUGGUCGAUAAAGAAGGGAAUGUCGUCGAUCGCUACGCCCCCACCACCUCCCCUCUUAGCAUUGAGGUAAAGGAAGUCCCCCUCCCCCACAAUCUCUCUCUCUCUCUCUCUCUCUCUCUCUCGAUUACUUAAAUGCCCCUUUUUUUAUUCUUGCAGAAGGAUAUAAAGAAGAUAUUGGGCGAGGCCUGA